CAAAAAGAAAUAAAAUUGUCACCGAACUACAGGACCGGAGUACGGACUUCCGUACCACCACUUGGGGUUUUAAGUUUUAACGUUGCUUUUUUCUAGGGUUUUGGCCGGUACUCCUCACUCUCCCGGCACACUAGUUAGCAGAGAAAGGCGGCGUAGGCGGCCGAGUCAGCUCCGAAGCUUCAACAGCUAAGUCAAUCUCACUUUCUCUCUCUCUUUGAUUUAGUUGCAGUAUUGCAAACCCUACAAAAUACCCAUUUCUCCAUUACAAAAUGUCAGCAAAAUGGCGAGCUUUGCAACAUCGCCAUCGUUAUGCAUACAGUGCUGUCAAUUUUCCACAAUCUUACAGUGAUUCCAUAACACAAUUGCAAUCUGAUGAAUCGUGUCAAAAAUUUGUCACUGAAUUAGCACAUCUUGCUUCCCUUAAUUCCAUUUAUACCCAAGUUAAUCAUGUGAAGAAUGUGGCUGUUGCGUUCAAUGAUUUUCUAUUAAGCGCUGUUGAUGAAAACUUAGUUUUGGUAGCGUCGAAGUUGUUCUUGGCACUUCUGUUUUUUGAGAAUUCACUGCCUUUGCAUAGGACUAUGUUAUCUGUUCUUUCGAAGAAUCGGAAGUUUUGGGGUUUGAUUGGUGGGUGUUUUCGAGAGCUUUGUGAGGACUACGGUGUAUUGUGUGGGAAAGGGAAGCGGUUUUGUGUGUCGAGGGUGGCGUUGUCGAUGAUGAGCACCCCGAAGUUGGGGUAUUUGGUGGAUGUUGUAGAUGAGUGUUGUGUGUUGGUGGCUUUAGAUGUUGUUGCUGGAUUGAAUAAUGUGGUUGCAGAGACGAAUGGGUCAGCACGGCCUUCACCCCUUGUGAUGGAACAAUGCCAAGAGGCUUUGUCUUGCUUGUAUUAUUUGCUUCAGCGGUUUCCUUCAAGAAUCGCUAAUUCGGUUAACUCUCAUACCGGACUGGUCUCUAAUGAUUCUAGUCUUUCAGAAAUGAUUGUUGGGGUCAUUGUAGGUAUACUUAAAUCAUCUGCGUUCUCGAGGGACUGUUUUGUUGCAGGUGGUGUGAGUUUCUGUGCUGCACUUCAAGUGUUGCUUAGUCCUCAGGAGCUAGGGUAUCUUAUUCUGGAAGGUGUGUUUGAACGAAAAACAUGUAGUUUGGUAAGUCAUUCAGAUAGUGAGUAUAAGAACGCUUUCAGUAAAAUUCCUUAUGAUGGAGAUUUGUGUUUUGAACUCCGGAAAUUUUCUCCGUUAAGUAGACUUUGCUUCAUAAGAGGGGUCCUUACUGCAAUUUCAAGAACGGUGCUCAAUUAUCAUUUUGUUGUAGAAACAGAGGGAUCCGAGUUUGAUGGUGCUGGUGAAAAUGGUAAUAGGUGUUUACAGAGUAUAUUGUAUGAUUGUAUAUUGCCUGAGCUUUGCCAGUACUGUGAGAAUCCAAGUGAUAGCCAUUUUAAUUUUCAUGCUUUGACGGUGAUGCAAAUCUGUUUGCAACAGAUCAAAACAUCUAUUAUGGCUGAUCUUGUUGGUGUGAAUACUGAGUUUGAACCAAUCUCAGAGGAGCUAGGAGCCCGUGUACUCAGGAUCAUAUGGAAUAACCUUGAAGACCCUUUAAGCCAAACUGUGAAACAAGUUCAUCUUAUAUUUGAUCUUUUCUUAGACAUUAAAGCCACUAUCUAUAGGGGUGAUGGUUGUGUAAAUUUUAAUACAUUCCUAGAGAAGAUUGCAGCUGAUCUUCUGUGUCUUGGUGCGCGUUGUAAGGGUAGGUAUGUUCCUUUAGCUUCUCUCACUAAGAGGCUGGGAGCCAAAACUCUCCUUGGCAUGAGCCCCAAUCUGUUAUUUGAAGUGGUACAAGCAUACAUCGAUGAUGAUGUCUGCUCUGCAGCCACAACAUUUUUGAGAUGUUUCCUUGAGUGUUUGCGUGAUGAGUGCUGGGGAAGCAAUGGUGUGGAAAAAGGGUAUGAGAUAUACCGUGGUCAUUGUUUGCAUCCAUUUCUAUAUGGACUUGCUUCUGGUGUCUCUAAGUUGCGCUCAAAUUUGAACACCUAUGCUUUGCCAAGUUUACUGGAAGUUGAUGUUGAUAGUAUAUUUCAUAUGCUUUCCUUCCUUUCAAUUGGUGUUGGAGUUGAAACUAGCUUGGUAUACGCUGAGCUGAGCUGUUUGGGCAUUUCAUUUGGUAUUGAGCAGAAAGUGGCUGUUUUGAUCUCUUUGCUUAAAGUAUCUCGUUCACUUGCACUGUUCGAAGGGGAUAUUGAGUCAAGUCAUGAUCCUGCAACUCCAGCAAAAGGGUGCACGAUCGAGGAAGAACACGCUUUAAUCCAUAUGAAGGGGAUUCCGGUUAAAAUUCCAGCUGAGUGGCUUGCACUGGCAUUGACUCAUGUAGAUGAGUCGCUUCGGGUAGAUGCGGCCGAAACACUUUUCUUGAGCCCUAAGACAGCCAGUCUUCCUUCUGCCUUAGAACUCAAUCUGAUGAGAGUAUCAGUGCCUUUGAACAUGAGAUGUUGCGCAACAGCUUUCCAGAUGAAGUGGGCCAGUUUGUUUAGAAAGUUCUUUUCUCGGGUUCGUACUGCUUUGGAGAGACAAAUCAAACAAGGGACCUGGCAACCAUCUGACUGGAGAGAAAAUGAUACACCUACUCUACAUAAAAGUGGUGAUGAGAUUAUUGUUAGCCGAGCAGAUAACCUAUACAAGUUUAUGAAAUGGUUGAGUUGCUUUCUAUUUUUCUCAUGCUAUCCUUCAGCUCCUUAUGAGAGAAAAAUCAUGGCAAUGGAGCUAAUUAUGAUAAUGGUUAAUGUUUGGUCCAUAGUACCUCCAUUAAAAGGAAAUGGUGGUUUUCUAUCUACUGAAAACCUUUAUCUUUUUGGUGAAGGACUUACUACACCUGAUUCAACAAUGUUAUUAGUUGGCUCGAUAAUUGAUAGUUGGGAUAGACUGAGAGAGAGUUCUUUCCGCAUACUACUAAAAUUUCCCACACCCCUUCCUGGAAUCUCAAGUGAACACAAGGUGCAAGAAGUUAUAUUAUGGGCGAAAAAGUUGGUUUGCAGUCCACGUGUCAGAGAAAGUGAUGCUGGGGCUUUGGCUUUAAGGCUCUUAUUCCGUAAGUACGUUCUGGAUCUAGGUUGGAUCGUUGGAGCUUCAGUAAACGUUACUUGCCAGAAGUCGGAGGCUGGACUUCCAUCUGAGGAAUAUCAAAAUUCAGAACCCAAAUUCCCAAUUGUUCUAUAUAUUAACUCACUUAUAGAUUGGCUGCACGCUACUGCGGAGGAAGGAGAGAAGGAUCUAUUGGAAGCCUGCAAGAAUAGCUUUGCUCAUGGUGUCUUGCUUGCUUUAAGAUAUACUUUUGAGGAAUUAGAUUGGAACUCUGAUGUGGCCUUUUGUAGCAUUCCUGAGAUGAGAAGUGCAUUGGGGAAGCUCCUGGAGUUGGUGAUGCGGAUAACAUCCCUGGCACUUGGGGUGGUUUCUGCUGACGCUUGGCAUCUGCCACAAGAUAUGGAUGAUAUCGAAGAUGACAGUUUUCUUAUGGAGAAUCCGGGUGAGAUAGUUAUGCCAUCAUCCUCUGUGGAAUGUGAAGCAAAAGAUCUGAAGGAGAAGGAAGAUAUCAGACCAACAGAGCAGAUUGUUAUGGUUGGAUGUUGGCUUGCUAUGAAAGAGGUCAGUCUUCUUCUUGGAACCAUUAUUAGAAAAAUUCCCUUGCCAAUUGCCACAUCCAUUGGUGAAGGAUCGGUUGAAGUUGCAAUGGAUCAUUUGUUGCCCACGUCUGAUGUAGUCCUUGAUGUGAGCCAACUUGAGGUCAUUGGGAACCACUUUUUGGAAGUCCUCCUUAAAAUGAAACAUAAUGGUGCUAUCGAUAAAACGAGAGCCGGGUUUUCUGCUCUUUGCAACCGUUUGCUGUGCUCUGAUGAUCCAAGGCUUUGUCAGCUGACAGAAUCAUGGAUGGAUCAGCUUAUGGAAAGAACUGCAGCCAAGGGACAAACAGUAGAUGACUUGCUAAGAAGAAGUGCAGGUAUACCUGCUGCAUUUAGUGCAUUUUUUCUCUCGGAGCCACAAGGUGCACCAAAAAAGCUGCUACCACGGGCACUCCGCUGGUUGAUUGAACUGGCUGGUGGGUCUUUGCUAGGUUUAGCUGAACCUAUAGUUGACAAGUUGCAGAACGAAACAAUUGUAAUAUCAGAUGCAGAACAUGACUCACUGGAGACAAAUGAAAUCAAUGCAAACUUACGAUCUGCAAAGGUUCGUGUGGAAGGUGUUAUUCCAACUGUGCAUGCUUUUAACGUUCUCAAAGCAGCUUUCAACGAUGCCAAUUUAGCAACAGAUACUUCUGGUUUCGCUGCGGAAGCCAUGAUAAUCUCCAUACGUUCUUUCUCUUCUCCACAUUGGGAAAUUCGUAAUAGUGCAGUCCUUGCAUACACAGCGUUGGUCCGCCGAAUGGUUGGGUUUCUUAAUGUACAUAAACGAGAUUCAGCAAGGCGUGCUCUUACUAGUCUGGAAUUUUUUCACAGGUAUCCGUCAUUGCAUUCAUUUGUAUUUAAUGAACUGAAAAUCGCCACUAAGUUUUUGAAAGGUGGACAAUCAAAUUCUAACAUGGCUAGUAAUGUGCACCCAAGUUUAUGCCCUGUGUUGAUCCUGUUAUCAAGGCUUAAGCCUUCACCCAUUGCAAGUGAAGCAGGAGACUGCUUAGAUCCUUUCCUAUUCAUGCCAUUUAUACAAAGGUGCUCAACACAAAGAAAUUUGCGUAUUCGUGUCCUUGCAUCAAGAGCACUGACAGGUCUGGUUUCUAAUGAGAAAUUGCAUAUGGUCUUGCUUGAUAUUGCCUCUGGGUUGCCAGAUUCCGUCAAUCAAACAGAUAAUACACAAAGCUGUCAUACACACUCUUCUGCUCAGUUUAACGCCAUUCAUGGGAUACUCUUACAGUUAAGUGCCCUUUUAGAUGCCAAUUGUAGAAACCUUGCUGACUUUUCACUGAAAUAUAUGCUUCUCAGUGACUUAAUCAAGAAACUUAAUAACUGUUCAUGGAUUGGAAGUCCCACAUCGUGUCCAUGUCCCAUUCUCAAUUCAUCUUUCUUGAAGGUACUUGAUCAUAUGCUCAGUAUUGCUGGAACACGCCAGGCAAGCAAAAUUUAUGAUGUCAUUUGUAGCUUUCUUUCAAAACUUUCCUUAGAGUGCUUGACUGAAGAAUCUGAGUUAUCAUUCCAUGAUCCAACUGCUGUAGAACUUCGCAAACAAGCUGCAAUAUCUUAUUUUCACUCUGUGUAUCUAUAUGAAGAAGAUACUGUUGAAGGAAUCUCACUGCCGAAACAGUCUUCUCCUGUUAAUACGCUGACGGAAAAAUCUCCUGUUAAUGGUUUUGGUGUUGAGGGAAAACUAACCUGUUAUAUGUCAGAUGCUUCAUAUGAAGUACGUCUUGCAACAUUAAAGUGGCUUCUCCAGUUUGUUAAGACUACUGCAAAAGAUGUGGGUGAGGAUCAAAAUAGCAGUGAGGUUGCGGCAAUAGCUCACUGGGCAAAGGCUAAUCUACAAACAACUUUGAUUAGUCUCUUGUCCUUGGAAACUAAUCAUAAAUGUCGCUACUAUAUUCUGAGGAUUAUCUUUGCUUGGAACCUGUUGCAGUUUCAAAGAUCAAGUGAUAAAUGUCCAGGAGACAAUGUAUGUAUUGGAGAGAUGGAUUUCGACUCAGUUGUGCACUUUUGGAAUAAAUUGGUUUCCAUACAUGAGUCUGUGAGACAUACAAAAACUCUGGAAACACUUAUAUGCUGCUUUGGAUUGUGUGUAAAGCGCUUUGUAAGUUCUCUUAAGAGAAUUCUUCCCAAUGUCCACAAUGGAAAAUCUGAAGAGUUGGACAGAUGCUCCCAUUUAUGCGGAUGGAUCAAACAUUUUGUCUGCGUUAUCAAGCAGUACAGUGAUGCAUCUCAGCAAGUAAACUUGCGCAAGGCUGCUGCAGAAUCACUGGUGGCAUCUGGAUUGUUGGAACAAGCUGAAUUUAUCAGUUCGCUUGUCACCAAUGGCAGCAUUCCUUCUGAAAACUGUGAACAGGAGUUUGAGUUACUGAAUUCUGCUAACAUGUUGGGCUAUCUUAUAUUGGAUAUCUGGUUCACAUGCAUCAAGUUGCUAGAAGAUGAGGAUGUUUUCAUCAGAAAGGAGCUUGCAUUGGAGGUACAAAAAUGUUUCCCUCAACAGUUUCGGGGACGUUCUCUUACAGUUGUGGUUCCUUCUCAGGUGGAAAGAGUGAUUGAACUUUGCUUUGAGCUCCUAUCGUUGAACUUUGGCCACUGGGACAGGUAUAUUGAUUAUCUUUUGAGAUGGAUAUCAGAUGCUGCGAGCUAUGUUGUGCCCGAUGGUGAUCUUGUUCGACGGGUUUUUGACAAGGAAAUCGAUAAUUAUCAUGAAGAGAAGUUGCUUAUUUGUCAAAUUUGCUGUUCUAGUUUGGAGAAUCUCAAGCUCUCUGAAACUCAGGGACCCAAAUUACUCACUUUUUUGGGGUCAUGGAGAGGCCACUUCUUCAGUCAGUUGACGCUUGCUUGCGAACAUAUAAGGAAGAUCGAAGGAGCUAAUUGGAUCGGUGGUGUGGGAAAUCACAAGGAUGCGUUUCUACCUUUAUACGGAAAUCUCCUUGGCUUCUAUGUCCUUUCAAAGUGCAUUUUACGUGCAGCAGGUGAAGAUGGUAUGUGUCUUCUCGCAGAUGUUGUUGAACUGGAGAAGUCCAUCAGACCAUUUCUUACCAACCCUUUGAUCUGUAACUUGUAUAUCCUAGUUGUUAGACUACACGAAGAAAUGGUUGGAGCUUCGGACAACCAUUUGAUCUCUAACUUGCUGAAAGAUAUCCAGAUUUGGGACAGUUUCAAUCCCUAUUUCCUACUCAGGUGACGACUAUUCGUGUUGAAUAGAAUAUCUACUCAAUUUUUCUCACGCAUUCCCUCCAUUUUUUUUUCUGAUUAUAAGUACACUAUAGUCAUACAUAAAACAGUCAAGUUUUGAAAUUCUCUAUAUAAGAUCGCUCAUUGUUUACUUUGUGCUUAA